AUGACGUCAAAUAACUUCCCUUUUGAAGAUGACGAUGACGAGAGACACCUUGACACGCCUCCGGCUGGUAUGAACCGUUUGGCACUGAAAAUAGCAGUGAAAUACACAUUUUCAACUGAUCCAUCCUUGUCAGCUCGCUCCGAAUCACCACAACCACCGUGGGGUACAUCAGAUUCAGAAGAUGAUUACAUUCAACGAAACGAAAACUUUGACAAGCAACGCUAUAUCCCUAAAGCUCGAGGAAGCAUAUCUUCGACACUGUCUGCAGAACUUCGGAUCUUGCUCGGCUACAUCUCAGAGUACAAGAUAGAAGACAUUGAAUUGGACGUUAAAUUGAAGCCGUUUAUACCUGAAUACCUGCCGGCAAUAGGAGAUAUCGAUCCUUUCAUCAAAAUCCCAUGUCCAGAUCCACAAAUGCAACGAAACUUGGGUCUUACAGUGCUUGAUGAACCAAGUAUCAAGCAGACUGACCCUAAAGUGUUGGACUUGCAGCUGAGAGCAUACUCAAAGGGCACAUCUACGACGACUCCUCAAAUCAUAAAUAGCAUUGAUGGCCAAACGUUGAGAUCCAACCCUAAGAUCUUGGAGCAGUACGUGUCUGGCAUAAGAGCAUUGCAUGAGAACAAACCUGCUCAAGCCGUGACUUAUUCCAAACGAAUGCCUGAUGAGGAGGACCUGAUGCAAGUCUGGCCACGAAGUGUCGAAAAGGAGCUGCUGCAGACCGCCAUACAAGCCUUGAUAACGCCCGACCUUGAUUUAGACCUCGCAGACUAUUGUAAAACAGUUCUGGCCCUCAUGGACAUUCCCGUGUAUACAUCACAGAGCAAGAACAGAUCCAAACACACGAUUGAAUCUCUCCACGUCCUCUUCUCUCUGUAUUUAGCAUUCGACGAGAGUCAGCACUUCCGAGGCAUGCAAGACCAAAGCACAUUUGACAUGAUGGUAUGA